AUGACCAAGAAACGGAAAGAGAAGGAACCGCAGCGCGAGCGCGAGCUGGGAAAGUCAAUCUUACCAUUUUCAAGAGUGCAAAAGAUAAUCAAAGCGGACAAGGAACUUCCAAUAGUCGCGCGCGACGCGACUUUCUUAAUCUCACUUGCCACCGAGGAGUUCAUCAGAAGACUUUCAGAGGCAUGCCAGAAGCUCGCGGAGCGGGAGAAGCGAACAACUGUGCAACAGAAGGACGUCGCAAGUGUAGUGCGGCGAGCAGAUGAAUUUAUGUUCCUCGAGGAGAUCAUCGCUUUUCAACGCACGGAACCUCCACAAAAACGCAAACCUAAAGCAUUACAGGAUGCAGAGAGCCAGAGUGAACCAACGAUGCUCGAUAAGUUUGUCACUAGAGGAGAGGAGAGUCAGGAACAGGGCGCUGUUGCAGAACCACCCAAAUACAAGCAAUAG